CCGGAAGUAAACAUCACAUGACGUGGUGCAUCAGCUGAUCCUCCGUAGACAUCUUUACGAGUCACGACUGCAGCGAUUAAUUCAUACCUUCUCGUUUGUGAUUUUCGGGCCCGUGCGGAUCUUUGACAGCUGAAACCAUGGCGCUUAGCGAUGCUGACGUUCAGAAGCAGAUCAAGCACAUGAUGGCCUUCAUUGAACAGGAGGCCAAUGAGAAGGCAGAAGAAAUUGAUGCAAAGGCCGAGGAAGAGUUCAACAUCGAGAAGGGCCGUCUGGUGCAGACUCAGAGGCUGAAGAUAAUGGAGUACUACGAGAAGAAAGAGAAGCAGAUCGAGCAGCAGAAGAAAAUCCAAAUGUCCAACCUGAUGAACCAGGCUCGACUGAAGGUGCUGAAGGCCCGUGAUGACAUGAUCUCGGAAAUGCUGAAUGAGGCCCGCCAGCGGCUCGCUAGUGUGGCAAAAGACCCGGCCAGGUAUCCAGCUCUGAUGGACGGAUUGAUCUUACAGGGAUUCUAUCAGCUAUUGGAGCCUAAAGUGACCAUUCGCUGCCGUAAACAGGACUUCCAGCUCGUACAGGCAUCCAUUCAGAGGAAUAUUCCCAUCUAUAAGGCAGCAGUGAAAAGCAACCUGGAGGUCCGCAUCGAUCAGGACAACUUCAUCCCUGCAGACGUUUCUGGAGGUGUGGAGAUCUAUAACGCUGAUGGUAAAAUCAAAGUGUCCAACACCCUGGAGAGCAGACUGGACCUCAUGGCUCAGCAGAUGAUGCCUGAAAUCCGAGUUGCUCUCUUCGGUGCCAACCCGAAUCGCAAGUUUAUGGACUGAGUGGCUUCAGUGCAACAGAGAAAAACUCCAUCUUUUUAUUUUUUAUUUUGUCAUAUGAAAGACGUCAUUCCUCUGUCUGUGAAACCAAUUUCUGAUGCGAAAGAGAUGCAUUGUUGUUGUGUGAUGUAUUUCUGUAUUUUUCUUUGCAUCAAGGGACAUCAUUAAAGCUGCAACUUAACAUUACAGACGUACACGAUGCAUUCUGCACGGCUGUAAUGGCUCGUUUACUCCGCUGCUUCCUAUUGAUGGGGUCUCAGUUUACGCUGAUUAGUCCGGAACAACAGGAUUGGCUGGAUGUUUACCACAUUGUCCUCUAACUGGAUCCAUAUUCAUUACUAACAGAGUAUCUUUGUCACGGAUUUCCCAGUUUCAGUAACCUCUGCGUCACAUUCUAAGUUGUAUGGGGCAUUGUGUUGAUAAUGGGUGUCUGCUCCAACCAAUCACAGAGAGAAAAACAUCACCCCUGAAACAUAACUGAAGGCCGCACAUAACCUCACCAAGUUAAUUUAUUGAUGUUCUGUCAUGUUCUGAAAGCGUGGGAGUUAUCAUUCCAAAGGGUGCACUGUAUGUAUAUGAGGUCUCCAGAUUAAAUUAUACGUAUGUGUGGUGGUUGUUGUUGUUUUCUUUUUUGUCUUUUCUUUUGUUGAUUGUGUUUCAAACUGCAAAUGUAUUAUUGUGGAAAUGUAAAACCUAAUAAAAUAUAAAUCAUUA